UUUGUCACGCCCUCCAUUACGUUCUCAGCCGCGUCUACCUGCACUACGCUCUCCCGUACCCAAGAUCGCCCUGAUAUACCUUACAAAUCCCUUAGUUGCAUGAUACAACGCUCGCCCGCGUGCUAGCCUCUACCAUUUGUUUGGAAUCCUUGCCCAGGAAAGUACCAUGGAUGUUCUAGAUGAGAAGACGAACGGCGGACCGCCCAUGGAGGUGGACGAGAUUGUCUCCGUGAGGGAUGAGGAGGCGUUCGCGGCGAAGCACAUGCCUGAUCUCGGACACGAAGUGAAGGAAAUGAAAGUAUUCCACUGGAGGUUGACGAACUGGAAGAAGUUGGAGAAGAAGCUCACCAGUCCCGAGUUCGAGUGUGGCGGGCAUAAGUGGCGAAUAUUGCUCUUUCCCUUCGGCAACUCGAACGCACCGCCGAACGAUACCGUGUCCGUAUAUCUUGACUACGCGAACCCAAAAGGCGCGCCCGAAGGCUGGCAUGCCUGCGCCCAGUUCGCGCUGGUUAUCUCCAACAUUCACGACCCCACGAUCUACACAGUCAGCCAUGCGCAUCACCGCUUCAUCGCCGAGGAAUGUGAUUGGGGCUUCACCCGCUUCAGCGAGCUGCGGAAACUCUUCACCGUCGCUGAAGGGCACACACGUCCGACAAUCGAAGAUGACUCCGCCGAGGUGUCCGUCUUCGUCCGUGUCCUGGAAGAUCCGACUGGUGUGUUAUGGCACAACUUCGUCAACUACGACUCGAAGAAGGAGACCGGAUAUGUUGGCUUGAAGAACCAGGGUGCCACUUGCUACAUGAACUCGCUAUUGCAGUCGCUGUAUUGCACACGAUAUUUCCGACGAGCCGUCUACCAAAUACCUACAGAGGAUGAUCACCCAACGGAAAGCGUACCUUUAGCAUUACAACGAGUGUUCUAUCACCUGCAAACAUCGGAUCAACCUGUCGGAACCACGGAGUUGACUAAGUCCUUUGGAUGGAAAUCGCUCGAUUCCUUCUUGCAACACGACGUACAAGAGUUCAACAGAGUGCUGCAGGAUAAAUUAGAGGCGAAAAUGAAGGGCACGAAAGCAGAAGGUGCCAUCCCCAAGCUUUUUGUCGGGAAGAUGAAAAGCUACAUCAAAUGUGUCAAUGUCGACUACGAGUCCUCCAGGGUUGAGGAGUUCAAUGACAUAUCACUCAACGUGAAGGGCAUGAAGAAUCUGUACGAGUCCUUCAAAGACUACGUAGCUGUCGAAACCUUGGAUGGAGAGAACAAGUACCAAGCGGAAGGGUAUGGACUUCAGGAUGCCAAGAAGGGUAUCAUAUUCCAGUCCUUCCCGCCCGUCCUCCAUCUGCAGCUCAAGCGUUUCGAGUACGACAUUCAACGCGAUGCCAUGGUCAAGAUUAACGACAGGCACGAGUUCCCGUUCGAGAUCGACCUGGCCGAGUUCCUCGACGAGACCGCGGAUAAGUCCCAAUCAUGGGUCUACAAGCUGCACGGCGUCCUCGUUCACUCUGGAGAUCUUCAUGGUGGCCAUUACUUCGCCCUCAUCAAGCCUGAUCCGGAAACUCGGUGGUUGAAAUUCGACGAUGAUCGGGUGACGCCGGUGACGGAUCGGGAAGUACUAGAGGAAAACUAUGGCGGCGAAGCGAUGAACGGCAUUCCGACGGUUCAGCGGAACCAAGUGAGGGCCAUGAAGCGGUUCACGAACGCAUACAUGCUGGUAUACAUCCGGGAAAGUGCUAUUCCCGAAGUGCUAGCCCCCUUCACGGAGGAGGACACGCCAGCCCAUCUCAAACGACGGUUGGACGAAGAACGCUUGCAAAUGGAGGCCAAGAAGAGGGAACGCGAGGAACAGCACCUGUUCCUCACUGCCAAGGUCAUCACCGAUGAGACCUUCUCACACCACGAAGGCUUCGACCUCGCCACGUUCGACGAGAAGAACUGGCCACCAUCCGAUCUCCCCAGUUUCCGUGUCUUGAAGACCGAGACGUACAGCACGUUCAAGAGCCGCGUCGCCCAACAUUUCACUAUCCCUGAGAACCAAAUCAGAUUAUGGGUGCUGGUAAACCGGCAGAACAAGACUGUCCGCCCUGAUACUUCAAUCCCCGACAACGAGCCGUCACUGAAUGUGGAGCUCAUUCGGAACAACAUGGCCGCAAGGCAGAAUGACCUACGGCUCUACCUCGACAUCAUCCCAGAUCCCGCAAAGCCCGAGAUACCACCUGGCCACAUCAUGAUCUUCCUCAAGCACUUCGACACGUCAAAGCAGACACUCUACGGCGUGGGCAAGCUGUACGUCUCCAGAACCGCGAAGGUUUCGGAUCUAUAUCCCUUGAUCAACGAGCGUAUGCGAUGGGCACCAGAGACGCCGUUAAAGCUUUAUGAGGAAAUCAAACCCGGCAUGAUCGAGCUCAUGAAGCCCAAGAUGACUUUCGCGCAGAGCGAAAUCCAGGAUGGUGACAUCAUUUGCUUCCAGGUUGACAUGCCGGAGAAAGAGUUCCACGACCUCGAGAUCCAGGGUCUUUACUCGAACCCCAUCCAAUAUUAUGACUUCCUGCAAAACCGGGUGAUGAUUGCGUUCCGGCCGAAGUUCGAAGAACCGAGCAAGGACUGUCCUGAGUUCAGCCUCAUCCUCAGCAAGAAGCAGAACUACGACGUCAUGUCGACGAAAGCCGGCGAGUACCUCCGGCACGACCCGAUCAAGCUCCGCUUCACGACCACGCACUCGAACGGCUCGGCCAAAGCGGUGCUCAAACGCUCGUUGAAUCCGUCCAUCUCGGAGAUCAUGCAACCGAACUACGUGAGCCCGUCGACGACGACGAUUUUGUACGAGAAGCUCGACGUGAGCAUCGUCGAGCUCGAGACGAAGCGCUCGCUCAAGGUGACCUGGACCGGGAUUCACAACAAGGAAGAGUCGACGCAUCCGUUCCUGCUGCCGAAGACGAGCAGCGUGUUCGAGCUCGCGGACCAGAUCGCGAAGCUCGUCACGCUCACGCCGAACGGUACGGGAAAGAUAAGGGUGUUCGAGGUGUCGAGGGACGGCAAACAGCAGAAGGAGUUCACCGGAUCAGAGAUGAUCGGGAACUUCCCUGAUCCUGUCGAGCUCUUUGCUGAGGAAAUACCUCGGGAGGAAGCGGAAGCGGACGAGAAUGACAAGGUCAUUAGUGUCUUCCACUUCUCUAAGGAUGUCUCGCGAACCCAUGGUGUCCCCUUCAAGUUCGUCGUCAAGCCGGGCGAGAGAUUCUCGGAGACGAAGAAGCGUUUGCAGGCGCGCAUUGGUGUAUCAGACAAGGAAUUCGCGAAAUACCGAUUCGCCCUUAUCCAAGUGGCGACGUUCAAGCAGCCCUCGUUCAUCGAAGACGAGGACAUCAUCUACGACCACAAGUUCGCGCCCGAAGACUGCCUCGGCUUGGACCACGUCGACAAGUCGGGCAAGACGCGUGGGGGCUCGGGCGAGAAGGCGAUCGUCAUCCGGGGCUGAGGCACAAAGUCGCUUCGCAACGCUGGAAUAUCAUCGCUACCGAGGAAUACGUCUAAUGUGCUCUUGGCUCUUCGCCCGUCCUGCGACCUGUUUUGCUCGAAUCGUCGGAAGAGGGCUGUGUGGGACUGACAGACGAACGAUCGAACCGGGAACGCGCUCUGGCAAACACGUAUCCCCUUACUCUACAGUCGGCUCGCUUCAUUUUCUCAGAUUAUGUUAUCACUGUACUGUCGCCCGCAUGUCCCAAGUUUUUCUCAAACCUGUAAAAUGGAGUGGUUGGCCCCGG